CUGUGGUUUUCAAAGAUUUGAAAUUUGAAGUGUGAAGCCAGUUUCACAUAGCUAUCUAAAGAGAGAUUUUUGUUUUUUGGAUUCCUGUCAUAUUUUAGUUCUGUUGGUUCGUUCUUGUUGUCGUUUAAGUGUUUAAAAAUAAAAUUGAGUACUCUGUUUAAAUAUUUUAGUCAUUUGAAGAAUGGAGAUAGAAACAAACUCUGAAUUGGGGGACAAGAAAUCCUAUGCUGGAAUUCCUGAAGCAGAAUUUGUAGAAGAUGUAGAUACCUACAUGAAAAGAUCAGACAAUAAUGGGAAUGUGGAUGAAGUUUUGAAAAAAUUAGAUAGUCAACACGCAAAAUACAAAUUCAUGGAAUAUAACUUGCUGUCCAAAAAGAAACGUCUUCAGACUCAAGUUCCUGAACUGAAACGUUCUCUGACUAUGAUUGAAAAGCUUGAAGAUGAAAAGGAAGAAUUCGAAACUCAAUUUUUACUCAGCGAACAGGUUUUCGCAAAAGCCAAAGUUCCUGCUACAGAAACAGUAUAUUUGUGGUUAGGUGCUAAUGUGAUGUUAGAAUACAGUUUGGAAGAUGCAAAAAAACUCUUGACGCAAAACAUUACAGCGGCAACAAGAAAUUUGGGAUAUGUUGAACAUGAUUUAGAUUUUUUAAGGGAUCAAUUUACUACAACUGAAGUGAAUAUGGCAAGAGUCUUUAACUGGGAUGUUAAAAGAAGACAAGCAUUGAAAGCAGCAACAAAAUGAAUCUAUUUAAUUGUUGGUCUCAUAUAAAACAAUUAUUUGCUUGAAAUUCAUUAACAACUUGGAUAAUAACAUGAUUUUACUUUGAGUUGUCAAUUGGUACCGAAAAUGUAGUAUUAUUUGAUAACUGGAUCUUCAAAAGUAAUAAAUAUAUUAACUUUCUCUUCAGAUGA